UCUACGAGGAUUUGCACGUUCAGCAGACACUCGCUCUGGUGGCUGUGGCAUAGAGGUUAUCAGUGGCGUUACAUUAUCCACAGCAGGUCUCAAUGGCGCAUUAAAUUUUGACAUCACUUCCAUAACUGUUGCGACUGGAGCGACCUUUCAAUUAGGCACACCUGGUGCAAGUACUGGUUUUAAAUUUUCAUCUGCUGUUGCAUUUAACAAACAGAAAAAGUGA